AUCCACGAAGAUUUAUAUUAUUAUAUUCAUAGAUAUAUCUACAAACAUUACGUUAGCUACGUUAAGUUUUGCAGAUCACGAAUAAAUUUUGUAAACUGAAAGUUUAACCAGUGCGAUACUAACCAGAUAAGAUAAAAAGUCGAACAUAACGAGCAGUGAGACUCAUUAUCGGCCACCUCGUCCAUCGGCAAGUGAAAUUCCCCGUGGUUGUGCAAGGAAGUAGGUCGCAAAUACACGUUAAUGCGAAACAAGAACGAAGCCUGUGAAACAUUCUUUCGAAAGUCUUUCGUUACACAGAUUCGAUGAGACCAAAGUUCAAUGCGAUUAUUACUAACUCUAAUAUAAACCUAAAGCAAUCAUAACUAAAGUCCAUGUACAUACAAUGUACAUGAAGUAUGAUCAGAAUCACAAGUAGUUAUGUCCUUGAAUAUAUUAUAUUUGCAUGUGUUAUACAAGUGAAGUAAAGACGAUACCACUGCGUAUGUUACCAAGAAUUGCUACGGUUGAUUGAUCAGUCUCAUUGGUUUUCUCGUCGUAUUCACGAACCACAAAUCCAUCCAUCCUGAAAGAUGAUCUUCAAAUGCCAAGAGCGAUUAUUAUUGCGAAAAAAGGAAAGCGAAUAAUUUGCCGUGCAUUCGAAAGUGACACGCGAUGAGAGGAUGUGGGAUCGUUAUUUAGAAUCGAUACUAAUCGCAACGUUCAUGCAGCGACACUGUUGGAAGGGAGUUGCCAAUGUUGGUUGCCAAUGCAAGGGCAUUCAUUAGACAAAGGAAAUAAUGCAAAAGCACUUGGCUACAACUUGGAGCAUGCGGUCGUGCGGAAGUAAAAUCGGACAAUCUUAAUCGAGACGGCGCAAGAAGUAGAACGCGCGUGGCAAAACUAAAGGAGUGUUUUUCAGAUGAUGGAAAUGGUGAAGGAAAAACUGCGCAGACGAAGCGUGAGCGAACUGCUCAAUUGGAGAUGCCUAGCUGAAUGUAAGGGCGCCAUUGCUGGAAACGAAAAUGAUAGCGCAGGAAGACUUUUGCUAGAAGAUCGUAACGGAGAACCGGAGACCCGCAGACGGAGACGAUCCGGUACUUGGCCAAGAACGAGGAGUCUAAACGCACCCAGUCCCGUUCAACACUUCGGGCGAUGUGGGGGUAUCAUGAAAACUUCUGUAACGGUUAUGACUAUUCAGGAUCCAGCCUCUCAGAGGUUGACGUGGUACAAACCACCUCUCUCUGUUCUGGUUAUCAAGAAGGUCCGUGAUUCGUCAGUCCUGCUACCGUUUGUUCAGUUGGUCACAUGGUUGAUAGAGGCAAAACGAAUGGUUGUAUUUGUGGAAGCUUCUGUUCUGGAAGACCCAGCCCUGGCCAGAGAUCCUAGAUUUCAAAGUGUUCGCGAUAGAUUACAAACUUUUAGGGACGGCACAGAUGACUUGCAGGAUAAAAUUGAUUUUAUCGUCUGCUUGGGAGGCGACGGCACACUGCUUUAUGCCAGUUUGCUGUUCCAACAGUCAGUGCCACCUGUAAUGGCAUUUCACCUUGGUUCCUUAGGAUUUCUCACACCCUUCGAAUUUGAUAAUUUUCAGGAACAAGUGACCAAUGUUCUUGAAGGUAACGCAGCUUUAACUUUAAGGAGUCGUCUGAGGUGCAUAAUUAUACGCAAGAAUGAAGACAGUCAGUUGACUGAACCACCAACGAAUCUCUUGGUAUUGAAUGAAGUUGUAGUAGAUCGAGGGCCCUCACCUUACCUUUCAAAUAUCGACCUAUUCAUUGACGGCAAACACGUGACAAGCGUCCAAGGUGAUGGCUUGAUUGUGAGUACGCCGACCGGGUCGACCGCUUAUGCAGUUGCUGCUGGAGCCAGCAUGAUUCAUCCUUCAGUUCCUGCUAUAAUGAUCACACCGAUCUGCCCUCACUCUCUGUCCUUCAGGCCGAUUGUCGUACCUGCGGGGGUCGAGCUCAAGAUAAUGGCAAACAGCAAUGCUCGCAGUACAGCUUACGUCUCGUUCGAUGGCCGCAAUCAGCAAGAGCUGCGUGUCGGCGACAGUUUGAAGGUGACCACCUCUAUAUACCCGGUGCCUAGCAUUUGCGCAGCCGACCAAAUCACCGACUGGUUCGAUUCCUUAGCUGAAUGCCUUCACUGGAAUGUCAGAAAGCGGCAGAAGCAUUUGGACGAGCUAAGUGAUCUCGCGCAUUCAUCGAGCAACGAUACCCUAGAUUCUCUCGAUCGAGAUAGUUAGGUUAAGGAGAAUGUUCAUACAUAGUCAAAAUCGACAAUAUUUGGCCAAAUAUAACUCCGCUGAAAAUCGGAAUAAAAUUGGUUACUCGACUUUUCUAAUUAAUGUCGCCUUCAUCGAUUAAAACUUUUCUAACGAAAUCUUGUUAAGUGUAAGGAAGCUAAUAAAAAAUUGAUUGAUUGUUAAUACAGAUAUGAUCUAUGAGAUUGUCAUCUAAGAAACAUCUGUAUGUAAGAUCUACAGCUGGAGAUGAAGAUUACGUAAUUAGAUUAGAAAAAUGAGCUUGGAUCAUGAUGAAUCUUAAUUCUUAAUAAUAAAGUGCAUUUGGAAAGAAUACAUGUUAACAGCGAAAUAUUGUUUAAUUCGAUUGAUUAUUAUCGUGAAGAAAUUAUGUACUAUUAAUAAUUUGAACUCGCUCGCAUACAAUGUAUUUAUUCAUAAUUGCGUUUUGGUCUGUAA